UCUUAUGCUGUGUCUGGGACUUGGGGGAGAGAACACUGUAGUCACUUUGCCUACAACUAGAGAUUAAGGAUGACUUUUCAAGGUGUGGUUCCUCAACCUUUGGUGUUGGACCUCUCCAGGGGCUACUAUUACCUCUGACCAGAACCUACUUUAUCCACCUAACGGAACCCCCAUGUGGCCGUGCCAGGGUCCAUGGAGGACCAAUGCUGCUUGCCACCCCUCCUGGCUUUAGUGUGAACCCUCUUAGCUGCAAGAUGCCUUGUGCUAUGCUCCAAGAUGCUUGUGUGGCCACUCCACAGCACCAGCCUUCAGGAUUAAUGUUAUGCCCCUCAUCAGGUCUGUGUAUGUCAAUCUUGAAACCUGUGGGGAAAAGUUCUGGAAGUUGUUUUGUUGACUCCUGUUGUGAGUCCUGAUUUCAGGAUGUGCCACAGUCUUGGACAGAGAGCCAUGAUUGAGCCUCCAUCUGGGCCAAGAGGUCUAGCUUCCUCCACGCUGUCUGCAGCGCCUCACCAUCUGUGUAUAUGUAUGCUUUGUGUGAAGGUGCUUGCCUACUUCAAAAGGGCCCUGUGGUGAUGCCUCCUAGAGAAGGGUCUUGGAAAAUGGCAUAGGCAGUCUUCUGUGGCAGAACCUAUGUUUCAGACUCCAGCACUAACUUCCUUUCUGGCUUCUGAGGUGUGGGUACCCUGUUGGUGAGGAGUGUUUUUUGUGGAGAGAAGGUUAGUCGAGACUCCAGCUUCUAGAGUAGAAAUUCCUGGGUAUUGUGGGCCUUGUCUACUCUGGAACAACAGCUUCUUGCCAGGCAGAAACUCUUCUCUAAUCACAGCUGUGCCCAUCUUGAUGACUGAAGCUUUACACCUGUUCUUUUUCUUUAUUUGCUUAAAUUUACUUUCAUUCUAUGUGUAUUUUGCCUCCCCGCAUGUAAGGGCACUGUGUAUGUGCUGUCCCUGAGAAGCUAUUGUUUCCCCUAGAACUGGAGUUGGGAGACCCAUGUGGGUGCUGGGAACUGAACCUGGACUGUCUAAAAGAACAAGUGCUUUUACCCAAGACAUCGCCAGCUCUUAAAUUUUUUUUUAUUAUAUAUAUUUUUAAAGUUGUGUUUUUGGUAUGUGCAUGGUUGGUAUGACAGAAAUGUGGGGGGGUCAGAGAAAAAGUUUGAGAAGUUGGUUCUUUGCUUUCACUAUUUGGGACUUAGGGAUUGAAUCCAGAUCACCAGUCUUCAUAGUGAUCUGACUUAUCUACUCAGUCAUUUUACUGGCCCUUAAUUAUUUUUUAAAUUUAUUUGUUUGGUUUUUGUUUGUUUUUUUGAGACUGUGUCUCUAUGUAGUCUGAGAAGGCCUGCAACUCACUACCUAGACCAGGCUGGCCUUGAGAUAGAUCUGUCUGCCUCUCCCAAGGACUGGGAUUAAAAGGCCAACCCUGGCCCUACAUUUUGUUUGUUUGCUUGUGUUUAUUUAUUUGGUGUGUACAAGUGAAAGAUGGAGAUGGAAUUGAGGUUGUCAGGCUUGGUUUAUGCUGAUCCCACUCACUGGCCCUUGUUGCCCCCUUUAGUAUCUCUGUCAUGUUUAUGCUGCCACAGUCCUGUAUUCUUACUGCAGGGCCUUAUUACCUCCUCUCCUGUGCUUCAGUCCCAACUACUUCACUGUGAGAUUAGGGUAGGGCUUCACCUCUUACGGUUGCAGUAUCUGCCCAGAACCCUUCUGUAGGCUCUUGUUUAACAUUCCUUCCUUCCUUGGUGUAAAAAGAGGCUUUUCUGUGCUGGUGGAUAUUAGAGCCAAGACUCAUUCCUGGUCAAGAUCCUGAACACCUCUUGCUGAUUCCAUGCAAGGUCCAUGGACCAGAGAGGUACCAAUUCUUUGGUCUAAGUGGGGUUCUUUGCUGAGUCCUUUUGCUAGUUGCUUUAUCUUCCUUAAGAUUCCUGGUUUAUGGUGUGUCAGCCAAUCCUCUCAGAUAAGAGUGCUGUUUUUGUUUGUUUUGUUUUUGAUAGGUCCUGUGCGGUAGAGAUUUUAAGUUCCCAGGUGCCACCCAUACCUACCUCUCCACAGAGUGGGAUUCCACAGAGUUAAUUUUUAAAAUCCUUUCAGAAAAGGUGCCAACCCUAUCCUCUCCAGGCCUCUUUUUCUAAAGCCUGCUCCAUAAUGCAAUGUCCCUUGGAGUAGUUGCUAGCCAUCUGUGAUUAGUACAAGUGAAUGAGCCAGGAAUAGCAGUGCACUCUCUAACCUCAGCAUUAGGGAGGUCAAGGCAAGAAUGUGGGUUCAAAGCCAGCCUGAGGUGUUUGCUAAGACCCUUUCUUGGAAAGGGAAAGACUCUGUUUUUCCAUUGCACUGGCUGUAGUACAUUAAACUGACUCUGCAACAUUUCUGACCUGCAUGUGUUUUAUUUAGAAUAUUUCUCUGGGUAUUAUUUUCCUUGGUAGUAAGAUCCCUCGUUAUGGCUGCCCACCAGGUUGAAAUUCUUGGUUGUGGGAAUAGGACAGUUUCUGCUUUUAUGGUUGAGAGCUGCUUUGGGGCACCCCUGUCCUGUUUAGUCUAGUUCUCAGAGACUUGCUUGUUAGUAUACUCUGGGCAGGGUGGGGCGGGGGCAGCUUCUGCUAGCAGUUCAGAAAUCCUCUUCACAUGACCCUCCCUCUCCGUGUUCCUCUGUUUCAGAGUCAAGUUUUGUAGUGUGGAUUUCUCUACAUAUAGACCUCCCCUCUUCAGUCCUUUGUCCUCUGGCCCCUCUAAGCUCACCUUCCUUCAGAAUAAAAAGAGGUGUCCCUCUGUGCGUUUUGGUUUCUGCCCUGUUGGGUUCAUGUUUCUGAGUCUAUCUGAUCCGGAAUUCUUCCAUGUGCGCGGAUCUGCUCUCUCACAGCUAAGGUACUUCUUUACUAUCUUAUCUUCAUAAGUUUUCUAUCUUCUCCCAGCCCUCUUUGAGGUGCUACUUCCUGCUCCCAAGUUUCUUAUAACCAUUUUUAAUGUCAGACACUUCUGGCCAGAGACAUUAUCUUUUGGGACUCCAGGAUUCUGCUGUGAAAUAAAUUUCUUGAAAGUGUGAGAUCCUCUUGUUUGAUACCCUGCUGUGUCCUUCAUGAGCAGUCAGGUCUUCAUAGCUGGAGAAAUCCCCCGUCACUCUUCCCCUUUAGUUCACACCUGCAUACACAGUAUCUCAUUCGUGCCAGGAGUUGCCAGCCUCAUGUAUUUCCAGACUUGCCUGGAGUGGCCUCUCCCAGUCACCUCUGGUCCCAACCCGUUUAGAGUCUUCAGUUAGGGUUCGUACCUCCAUCUGAGCAGUCCACCUGUGUGCUGCAUGUGCUGUAGUGUCAUCUAGAGAACAGAUGCUCUGUACUAAAGAAAGGUUUUGCUCCCUAACUCAGGGGCCCACAGAUAAGAUACAGCAUUCUUUGUUUCAGCAAUAUCCCAGAAUCCAAUCUGCCCGUCUCUGUACUGGGCAAUUGAAGGAAUGUAGGAACAGGCCAGAUCUUCCUUAUCAGACAGGAAAUGUAGCUGGGGAUGUAGUUAGAUGAAUGAAUGCUUGCACAUGCAAGGCCCAGAGUUCUGUUAGGGAAGAGGGCAGGUAACUGUUUCUUCCCUCUACCAUCCUACCUACUCCAUGAUUGCCACGAUGUCUCUGGGUUUAAACUAGCCACAGAAUAUAUGUUAAAUCCUACCCAAUUUUCCCCAGCAGCGUCCGUUUCCAAGGGAGUAUGAAGAGAGUUCGUCUGUAGGGCAGGGAAGAUGGCGGACAAGCGCAAACUCCAAGGUGAGAUUGAUCGCUGCCUCAAGAAGGUGUCCGAAGGCGUGGAGCAGUUUGAAGAUAUUUGGCAAAAGCUCCACAAUGCAGCCAACGCGAACCAGAAAGAAAAGUAUGAGGCUGACCUAAAGAAGGAGAUUAAGAAGCUACAACGGCUGAGGGACCAGAUCAAGACAUGGGUAGCAUCCAACGAGAUCAAGGACAAAAGGCAGCUUAUCGAAAACCGCAAGCUCAUUGAAACGCAAAUGGAACGGUUCAAAGUUGUGGAACGAGAGACCAAAACCAAAGCUUAUAGCAAGGAGGGCCUAGGUCUGGCUCAGAAGGUGGACCCUGCUCAGAAGGAGAAGGAAGAGGUUGGCCAGUGGCUCACGAACACCAUUGACACCCUAAAUAUGCAGGUGGACCAGUUUGAGAGUGAGGUGGAGUCACUGUCGGUACAGACACGCAAGAAGAAGGGCGACAAGGAUAAGCAGGACCGGAUUGAGGGCUUGAAGCGGCACAUCGAAAAGCACCGCUACCAUGUACGCAUGCUGGAGACCAUUCUGCGCAUGCUGGACAAUGACUCCAUCCUGGUUGACGCCAUCCGAAAGAUCAAGGAUGACGUGGAGUACUACGUCGACUCAUCCCAGGACCCUGACUUUGAGGAGAACGAAUUCCUCUAUGACGACCUGGACCUCGAGGACAUUCCACAGGCGCUGGUCGCCACCUCCCCACCCAGCCACAGCCACAUGGAGGAUGAGAUCUUCAACCAGUCCAGCAGCACUCCCACCUCAACAACUUCCAGCUCUCCCAUCCCACCCAGCCCAGCUAACUGCACUACGGUGAGGGUCUGGGGUGCCCCUGAACCUCUGAGCUCUCUGAAAUCCAUGGCAGAACGGGCAGCUAUCAGCUCUGGUAUUGAGGACCCAGUGCCAACCUUACACCUAACAGAGCGAGACAUCAUCCUGAGCAGCACAUCAGCACCCCCCACCUCAGCCCAGCCACCCCUGCAGCUCUCAGAGGUGAACAUACCAUUGUCACUGGGUGUGUGUCCACUGGGGCCAGUGUCCCUCACCAAGGAGCAGCUCUACCAGCAGGCCAUGGAAGAGGCCGCCUGGCACCAUAUGCCCCACCCCUCUGACUCAGAGCGCAUUCGGCAAUACCUCCCCCGGAACCCUUGCCCGACGCCCCCCUACCACCACCAGAUGCCACCCCCACACUCGGACACCGUGGAGUUCUACCAGCGCCUGUCAACUGAGACACUCUUCUUCAUCUUCUACUAUCUGGAGGGAACCAAGGCACAGUACUUGGCAGCCAAGGCCCUAAAGAAGCAGUCCUGGCGAUUCCACACCAAGUACAUGAUGUGGUUCCAGAGGCAUGAGGAGCCCAAGACCAUCACCGAUGAGUUUGAGCAGGGCACCUACAUCUACUUUGACUACGAGAAGUGGGGCCAGCGGAAGAAGGAAGGCUUCACCUUUGAGUACCGCUACCUGGAGGACCGGGACCUCCAGUGACACCGGCCCCCUCUACCUGACCCCUCCCCCCCGCAUGCUGAUCCCCCUGCCCAGGUGAGGGCCCUGCCCUGGAAGACUGGGGGAGGCCCAAGGCCAUGGGGCACCCUCCCCUCCAGGAGCAGGGAAAGGGCAGGGAGGUUUUCUCUUCCUCUCUGCCCUACCCUGGGGGCCUGGGGGUGAGAGUUGCCCCCUCCUCCCCUCCCCAGUGAGGGACAUUUUUUGGUAAACCUAUUUUCAUUUUGGAAAAUAUUUAUGAAUAAAUAGUUUUAUAUGA